AACUCCUUCUGCAGCUUUAUAAGCCAGUGUUCCUUUGUUAGGCAGAGAGAGCUUCUUUGAUGUCCUGUGUUGCUCAGGGAGAGCUUCUUGAUAUUUCAAAGCGGUAAGGUUACGUGACGUGCACACAUGGCAACCACACUGCAUUUGAUCGGUGGUGGAGGAGGCACUUCCUUUGAAUUCCACGGCAUGGACAACGGUGCCACCCUCAAGAAGAUCGGAGUGGCGGUGGGGGGCUCGCAGGUGAAAGCUGUGCGGGCGGAGCUAACCGACGGGAAAGUAGCGACUUUUGGAGAUGCUAACACUUUCAAUGAGUUUGAGUUCAACCUCGGCGAGCGCAUCACCAAGCUGGCUCUGUGGGGUAACGGCGCCGGCACACGUCUGGGUGCCAUCAAGUUCAUGACGAGUCAGAACCGGCAGUUCUUUGAAAAAAUGACCAGCUGGSMACUGAAGACUGAGUACACCAUAGAUGUGGGGUCCGGAAUCUGCCUGGGGCUGCAGGGCAGGUCUGGCUCSGACAUCGACUGCAUGGGCUUCCUCUUCAUCAAAACCAUCAAGUCGUCCGUGCUGACCGACAUGGAGUAUCCCACCCUGUCCCUCUUCAAACCCCAGGUGACCCCAGAAAAUGUGACAUCCGUUUCUCACCAGAACGACACCWCCUCGGUUCUAGAAAAGUCCAUUACAUACAGCAAGACCCUGACCAAGACUUCCUCCUGGUCCGUCAGCAACAAAAUGGAGUCCACCUUGAAUGUGUCGGUCAAAGCGGGGAUCCCAGAUCUGUUCGAGAUGUCAUCAGGGUUCAGCUUGACCGUAGGAGUGGAGGAUUUCACCAGCCUGCACAAGACAGAGACCAUAACAGAAUCGGGUACCAUCACCGUGAAGAUCCCGCCAGGGAAGACCAUGGAUGUUGAGAUCACAAUGGGGAAAGCGAAUAUCGACCUCGACUACAGGGCCACAGUAAAAGUCACCUGCAUGAAUGGCAGUCAGCUGCUCUUCCCAUCCAACGGCAUCUACACUGGUGUGACUUACACUUCAGUGAGGAUGUCCACAAAGGAGAGAUGAGUCAAGUGUGUGACUUUAUGAAUAAAAAGUGCAGUGAUAGAAAUUGACACAUUA